AUGGCCGUCAACGAACUGCUGUAUCUGUACGCUGGUGAGAACAAACCAAGAAUCAAGCUCACGUGCACUCACACCUUCCGAUCUGUGGAAUCAUUGGCUGCUUAUAUGCAAGAGGUGCAGGAUAACUACUACCUGGAGUUGCAGACAUGCAUGACUAUCACUGACAAUCUGAAGAUAUACUCAAACACACGCAGCGCUGACGAUCUGUUCUAUAUCCUAGAGUUCAAUGAAGUCAACCGGUCUCUGUACCUUUGGAAAUCAGAAGGCUCGUGGGACGUUAACGAUGCUAUUGCUUCGUUUUAUAGCCGCAAUGUAGUCGAGGAUAAAGAAGCUAAUGUGGAACGCAACAGUGUAGAUCGCUUCUUGAGCGACAGACGUUGCGGGAAGUAUUUGGAUCGUGAAGAAUGGCGCAACUUUAUAAGAGGCAUUGACUUCAAUUGGGCUGAGAAGGGCGCCAUGGACUCGUUUUGGGGGUUUUUUCUCGAGUUGAUGAACCUUGAAGAGAAAAAAUCAGUUUGCACGGGCAAUGAUGUCGACUCGGAAGGGAAAUUGCUUGUCUAUAGGAGUUUGAUCAUUCUAUCUAUUUUGAAAACAAGAGUCUUACAAAAUAAAAUAAAAUUAAAAGCAACUUUUCUAGAAUACUACAAUAGAAUGGCAGGUCUAGGCAGCCGUUCCCCGAGCAUAGACUCAUCUUAUUCCUCAGCAGCAUCGAUAUUAGAAGAAAAUAUUGAGGAAUUGAAGACCUGUGAAGGUGACACUUCACAAGAUGAAAACGAGUUGGACAUCAAUUACCUUUAUGAAAAACCAGUCCCACAAUACUCAAUGCAUGACAAAAAUAAGAUCAAUAGAAUCCACAAAAAGUUAACUACUAAAAAUAUAGAUAAUUCUACAAUCGUCGACAAUUUCAAUAAACAUUUUAAAUAUAUCAUAGACGAUUAUGAAACCUAUCAUUUGAAAUUUAAUCAAAUUAAAAAAAGAAAAUAUACAAAGAGAAACUCUCUUCCUUCAACAGAUUGA